GCCUUCUUCAUCUUCAAUCAGAAGGGCGAGGUCGUCUCUAACAGUGAUGUCCGCUCGCCUAUCAUCACGCUUGGGUCGACUAGUUUCUUUCACGUCAGAGUAAACAACCUCUACGUCGUGGCUGUUACCAAGUGCAAUGCCAAUGCUGCACUAGUGUUCGAGUUCUGCUACCGCUUCGUUUCCAUCGCAAAGUCAUACUUCGGUAAGGUGGACGAAGAGGCCAUCAAGAACAACUUCGUGCUCAUAUAUGAACUUAUUGACGAGAUCAAUGACUUUGGAUACCCACAGAACAGCGAGACUGAUACAUUGAAGACUUACAUCACGACAGAGAGCGUCAUGUCGUCAAACUUUGCUGCCGAAGAAUCAUCCAGGAUCACGGUCCAAGCGACGGGCGCCACGAGCUGGCGGCGCGGCGAUGUCAAAUACAAGAAGAACGAGGCGUUUGUCGACGUGGUUGAGACUGUCAACCUGAGUAUGAGCGCCAAAGGAACCGUUCUGCGCGCAGACGUCGAUGGACAUAUCAUGAUGCGCGCGUACCUCUCAGGGACGCCUGAAUGCAAAUUCGGCUUGAACGACAAGCUAGUCAUCGAUAAGAAAGACCAAGGCGGGGGCGAUGCGGUCGAAUUGGACGAUUGUCGCUUCCAUCAGUGUGUCCGUCUCAAUGAGUUUGAUUCAACGCGAACGAUUAGCUUCAUUCCGCCGGAUGGAGAGUUUGAACUAAUGCGAUAUCGUGCCACCUCAAACAUUAAGCUCCCGCUGAAGGUCAUUCCCUCUGUUACGGAGGUUGGGACAACCCAGGUGCAAUACGUCGUCACGGUCAAGACGAGUUUCAGUAAUAAGCUGUCCGCAACGAAUGUGGUUGUGCGGAUACCAACACCGCUGAACACGACUAGUGUGGACUGCAAGGUGCAUAGCGGCAAGGCUAAAUAUGUUCCGGCCGAGAACGUAGUUGUGUGGAAGAUACCACGGAUACAAGGAGGGCAGGAGGUCACACUUUCCGCCACCGGCGCCCUGACCAGUACAACAAAUCGACAAGUGUGGGCACGGCCGCCGAUCGACGUCGACUUCCAGGUACUCAUGUUCACCGCGUCGGGCUUGAUCGUGCGCUUCUUGAAGGUGUUCGAGAAGAGCGAUUACCAAAGCGUCAAGUGGGUCCGCUACCUGACGAAGGCGAGCGGGUCAUAUCAGAUUCGGGUACGUGGAACAUACAGGCACCGUUCGCUGUGA